AUGACUGCCACUGCUGUUGCUCCCCAGGCCUCGGUCGCCUCGACCCUGUUGACCGCCUACCUGACCGAGCUCGCCGCCAACCCUCUCCGCACCAAGGCCCUCACCUCCGGCACCCUCUCGGGCCUCCAGGAGAUCACCGCCACCAAGCUCUCCGGCAUGCCAAAGUCAAAGAACCCUGACGACUUUAUCCUCGGCAUCAACAAGCGUGUCGUCCAGAUGGCCCUCUACGGUUUCUUGGUCAGCGGUCCCUUGGCCCACGCCUUGUUCGAGCUCGUCACCAAGCGCUUCCUCGGCAAGGAGGGCGCCAAAUGGAAGAUUGCUCAGAUCCUCAGCGCCCAGCUCAUUUCCUCCCCCAUCCAGAACGCCACCUACAUUUUGGCAAUGGCAUUGUUCGCAGGCGCCAGAACGUCGGGACAGAUCAAGGGCGCCUUCAAGUCGGGAUACCUGCCCAUGAUGAAGACCUCCUGGGCGAUCUCCCCCAUCUCCAUGGCCAUCGCCCAAAAGUUCCUCCCUCCCAACGUCUGGGUUCCCUUCUUUAACCUCGUCGCCUUCACCUUUGGCACUUACGUCAACACCACCAUCAAGAAGGCUCGUCUUGCACAGAUCAAGAAGGAGCAGCAGCGUGACGCCGAGAAGCGUGCCCGCGAUGAGCUGUAA